AUACAUUCCCCUCUAUUUUCCCAUCAGCACGAUGAUACAGUAAUGCUAUACUAAAGUGAUUAGGGAUAGGGUUUUCACUGGAUUUCCUUCUGGUUUCAAGCCAUAAAACCUUUCCCUUUUGUAAUUAAAGUUAGGGUUUUUGAGCAUUUCCCUUUGUGUUUCGAGCAAGAAAGCUCUUGCUUUUCAGGUUUAGGGUUAGUGUUUUUACAGAGACUUUGCUCUUCUAGUGGCCGCCUUUCAUGGCGCAGAAAAUCUCCCAAAACCAUGACUUCAAACGCAAAAGAGAUGAAUUCGAACCACAGCCGGACCAGAAUGGCUUUGAUUUAUCUCUCCUUGAAGCUGUCGAGAAAUCACAGAGCUCUGUUGAAGUUCUUGACCAAAGGGCCCUAAGGAAAUUGAUCCUCUCAUUUGAGCGCAGGCUCCAUGCUAACCUGGAAGCUAGAAUGAAAUAUCCAGACCAGCCUGACAAAUUUGCAGACUCAGAGGUGGAACUUCAUGAAGAAAUCGAAAAGCUCAAAAUUCUAGCUGGUGCACCAGAGCUUUACCCUGAUCUGGUUCAACUCAAUACCGUUCCUUCCAUUCUAGGGCUUUUAGGCCAUGAGAACACAGAUAUAGCAGUCGAUGUGGUAGGGCUUCUUCAAGACUUAACUGAUGAAGAUGUUUUAGAAGACAGCGAUGAAUCAGCUCAAAUUCUUGUUGAUUCUCUUGUUGAAAACAAUGCUCUAGAAUUACUGGUUCAGAAUCUAGGGCGUCUCUCAGAAACUGAUCCUGAUGAAAUGACGGCCAUAUAUAAUACAUUGGCGACCAUCGAGAACAUGGUUGAGGUUAAACCAUCAGUUGCAGAGCUGGUUUGUGAGAGAACCAAGCUUAUGAGAUGGCUUUUGAAUAAGAUUAAAGCUCGAGAAUUCGAUAGCAAUAAACAAUAUGCAUCAGAGAUAUUGGCAAUUUUGUUGCAGAAUAGUGGGGCAAACCAGAGGAGACUAGGGCAAAUGAAUGGGGUGGACAUUGUUCUUCAGGCUGUUGCUCUCUAUAAAUCGAGGGACCCAAAGAGUGGGGAUGAAGAGGAAAUGGUAGAGAAUUUGUUUGAUUGUUUGUGCAGUUUGGUGAUGCCAUUAGAGAACAAGGAGAGGUUUUUGAAAGCAGAGGGGGUGGAAUUGAUGAUUAUUAUUAUGAAGCAGAAGAAAUUGGCUUAUGGGUCGGCAAUAAGGGUGCUUGAUUUUGCAAUGACAAAGUAUCCUCCGGCUUGUGAGCGGUUUGUGGAUGUUUUGGGGUUGAAGACUGCUUUUGCUACUUUCAUGGGUAAGAUUCCUGUCAACAAAAAGAAAAAUAAAGAAAGCUAUCAAGAAGAGCUAGAAGAGCGCAUUGUUUCACUCAUUGCAUCAUUAUUUGGUGGUAUUUUUCGGGGUUCAAGAAGGGAACGACUUCUUAGCAAAUUUGUGGAAAAUGAAUGUGAAAAGAUCGAUAGACUAAUGGAACUAUACAUGAGAUACUUGGACAGAGUGAAAGCAGAGACUGAGCGAUUGAACCAGCUUGAAUUGGAGGACUUAGAGAUGGAUGAAGAGGAGCGCUACAAUCGGAAGCUAGAGUCUGGACUUUAUACUCUUCAAUUGAUAGCAGUUAUUCUUGGGCAUCUUUGGUGUUCUGAGCAUUCUGGAAUGAGAUCAAGAAUUGAGCUACUACUCAGGCAGCAGAGAUUGUCAAAGGAGAAUGUCAAGGAAAUACUUCAGGAAUAUCAUGACAAUAUUGGAGAUCUGGAUGGACCUGAAGAGAAGGAAAAGGCGCAAGCAAAAAUCCAGAAAUUCAUUGACGCACUUUGAAGUCUCAGGAGCCUUUUCAGGACAUUGAUGUUGGGAUCUGAUGGAAUCCAUGAUAAACAGGAACAACACAAAAACAUAAGAAAUGUCUCCUCACUUUUUUGAAGUCAUGAUAUCUUUUCUUCUUUCCCCUGAUGUCAUGUGAUUCGAUUAUUCUUGAAAGCUGCAUAAGCUGGGUCGUGUACCAUGUUGAAAACUUUGUAGCUUUCUACUUUAUAUGCAAAUGUAAUAGGAUUAGAAAGAAAGAGAAAUAUUUGUAAGUGGAAAUACGAAAUUCAAAACCUGGUGGCUUUCUAUUUUGAAAACGCAAUCUUUUUUUA